UAGCGCUGAUCGUUUAGCAGGAAGCAACUGCAAAGAAGCUCUAAGUCACGUGAUCGUAACAUAGUGUACCGAAGACAUGGCGGACAAAGAAGAAACUGAGAGAACCAUCGCCGAAGACAUCGUUGUCACCAAGUAUAAAAUGGCCGGUGACAUCGUAAAUCGGGUAUUAAAACAAGUUUUGGACAAAUGUGUCACUGGAGCAUCAGUAAGAGAAAUUUGUGAGUUUGGAGAUAAACUGAUAUUGGAUGAAACUAGCAAGGUGUUUAAGAAAGAAAAAGAGCUAAAGAAGGGAAUUGCUUUUCCUACAUGCAUAUCGGUCAACAAUUGUAUAUGUCACUUUUCACCAAUUGCUAGCGAACCAGAUCUCAUACUCAAAGAUGAGGAUAUGGUAAAAGUAGAUCUUGGAGCACAUGUUGAUGGCUUCAUAGCAGUUGUGGCACAUACGAUUGUUAUAGGUUCUUCACCACAAAAAAAAGUUACUGGUAGAAAAGCAGAUGUAGUGUUAGCUGCACACUACGCUUCACAAGCUGCACUAAGGCUCUUACAGCCAGGUACAGAGACUUACACGAUAACUGAAACAGUAGAAAAGAUUUGUGAUGUAUACAAAUGUAAACCAAUUGAAGGAAUGUUAAGUCAUCAAUUGAAACAAUUUAAAAUAGAUGGAGAAAAAACUAUUAUUCAAAAUCCAAAUGAUGCACAGAAAAAAGAACAUGAAAAAUAUACUCUUGAAGCUUAUGAGGUAUAUGCCAUGGAUGUGUUGGUUAGUACUGGUGAGGGUGUAGGUAGAGAACAGGACACUCGGGUUACUAUAUUUAAAAAAACAGAGGAAACAUAUCAAUUAAAAUUGAAAGCGUCACGCAUGUUUUACUCUGAAGUCACUCAUAAACAUGGUCUUAUGCCAUUUAAUUUACGUACUUUCGAGGAUGAGAAAAAGGCAAAAAUGGCUGUUGUGGAAUGUGUAAAUCAUAGGUUGAUUGAACCAUUCCAAGUGUUGUACGAAAAACCAAAUGAAUUUGCUGCACAAUUCAAAUUUACAGUACUAUUAAUGCAUAAUCGGCAACACAAAAUUACAGGAAUUCCUUUAGAUCUAGACAUUUAUCAAUCUGAAUAUGCUGUUAAAGAUCCUGAAUUGAAGACCCUUUUGUACACCUCGGUAAAUCCGAGGACUGCAAAGAGGAUGAGAAAGAGAGCUGAAAAAGCUGCAGGUGAAGUGGCAAUGGAAGUUGAUGCCAAGGCCUAACACAACCGUUUUAGCGUUCUCUAUGACGUAUUAACAUGCACAUUGCGUUAUCCUUUGUUGAGCAGCUUCAGAGCAGAAAUUAGACACUUUUCAACUUUAUCAUACUUUAAAUACGUGUCUCUUUGUUGAGAUGCAAUUCAUAAAUUCGUUCUAAUCGUUCUAAUUUUCUCGCAUCUAUAUUUCCAUUUGAUUACAUAACUGUAUUUAUGUAAAUCUAGAUUUCGGUAAAAAAAAGUGUCGAAUUCUGCCCUGAACAAAUCGGACUUUACGACACUUAUUAUGCCAUCACUUAUUGACACUUACGUUUUUAUAUCAGACUUUCUUUUCAUGGACCAUGGUAUUAUUAUACAUUGAACAAUGAUUAUUUAUAAGACAUUUUACAACUAAUGUAUUUCAUUUCAAAUACGUAAACUCUGUUCCGAAAAUGGUCGGAACAUAAUGAUUGUGUUAUGUGACUUGAAUCAGUUGAAAGAAAAAGUAAAUCGCACGUGCAUUCAUAUUCAAUGUUUCUCUUUCAGAGUAGAAUACAAUAAAAUAGAAUUUUGAUUUUGUAAAUGUUUUUGGAUUAUCGAAAAAAACUGUCCGAUAUUAAUUAUGUUAACGAAAAGCUACUUUUGACAGAGUCAUAGUUCAUACGUUCUACAAUUUUUGAAUGCACUGCCAAACACAACGCAACUUAUUUUGACGCUAAUGCUGGUUUUGCACUAGCUGGUUUUACGCAGUUCUCGUCUCUAGUAAAUGAAUAAUUCGUACUAUAAAAAAAGAAAUAUCUGAUUUUGAAUUGUACAAUUGGAAUGAGAAUGUCUACAUUGAAAUUCCGUAUAAACAAUGAAAUGCCAAUGAACCUCGAACUGUUUCGUUGUAAGAAUUCCCCAACCGUUAAAAAAUAUUUUAUUCUUAUUCAGUUUGACUCAACACUAAAUAUUCAGACUAUCAUUUAGGAGCAUUUUAUGUUAUUCACGUUUAAAUAAAAAAGAAAAAAAAUUAAGAAUAAAAGAUUCUUGGGGAGUAUUCGUCUUAUCGAGGUAAAGAGGCAAAAAUUAUAAAUUAUUGAUACAAUGUAAUAAUAGUUUUAUAUAAGGAAGAUAGAUAAUGUAUUUGUUCUAGAUAUUUUUUCUACUCAAGUUGUGCAUAUGUCGAAUGUUACCGAGUGUGCUUGUAAAACAAAAGACGUUUUGGAUCAUCGUGCACUGUCCUUCAUUUGCUCUAAUUGAAGUAUCUUUCCAUAUAUUUAAAAAUAAAGUAAAGUAAAAACUAAAUAUGGAAAGAUCUAUAUGAUAUGUUUCUUAAUGAAGAUUUUAACGAAAUACUAAACAUUAAUAGGUGGAAAAAGGUAUGAAAAAAUCCAUUGUUACAAAUAAGUCAUCAAUAACGUGUUCAUAUAACGCAAAAAAGGACUGUGCACAAAAUUCAUACUUAACAUAAAAUUUAAUAUAAUAUGAAAGAAAUUGUUAUUAAAAAGAUAUUAAUGACAAGCUAACAAGUAUCGAUUUUGACACGUGCAUAUUUCGCGAAUUAUUAAACUGCUCGUUUUUUUCUCUUUCAAAAUAGUCGUACUAAUAUAUUGAUCUGUAAGAUACUGUCUAUUUCUAAACGAAAUUUAGAACGUACACGAAACUUAUUGAUUAAAAAGUAAUGAUCGAAAAACAUAGAAUUUUAUGAAUAAUAUAACUCACUAAUUUUUCUAUGAUAUAUAAUCUCUGAUGAAAGUGAGAAACGAAACAUCAGAAUCACAUCAGGAAUCAUAUUUGCAACUGUGUCUUUAUUGUUAAUAUAACAGGUAUGUCAUAGAAACUAAUAUAGUUUUAAUACUUGCUUCUGUUAUAUAUAAGGAUAAUCAAGAGGACUAGUACCAUAUAAAAAAAAAAAAUAAAUAAAUAGCAAUACCAGUUAAUUACAUCAAAUUAGAACGAAUCAAUAUAUUAAAAAUAAUGUUCAAAGUAAUGUUAUCGUGUGAUAUCUAUUUAUAAA